AUGGCUCCUAAGUUUGACGACACUAAAGCACCUGAACAUGUAGACGCUCUGCCUCGUCCGAUCAAUGCCCAAAGCGACGAUGAGAGUUCUUCCUUAGGCAAGGGCGAUAUCCUUGGUGCCGAACAUGUCGACCUGGUUCUGAAUGCCAAGAUGCACUUGGUCAACAAUGCUAUUGACGAGAUAGGCUUCACAGGCUACCACUGGAAGCUGUUCGUCUUGAACGGGUUUGGUUACGCGGUAGACUCGUUGCUUCUUCUUGCUCAAGGAAAUAUCGCUUCGUAUGCCGCCAAGGAGUUCCAACCAUCGUUCCCGAAAGGCCUUACCAUUGCCGUCUAUGUUGGCAUGCUGGUUGGUGCCCUCUUCUGGGGCUUCUCAGCAGAUGUGAUUGGCCGCAAAUUCGCCUUCAACUUCUCCCUUAUGAUAUCUUCUGUCUUUGCUAUCGUUGCAGGAGCUUCUCCAAACUGGACUGUCCUCGGUCUCUUUAUCUGCUUGUCUGCAUUUGGAAGUGGUGGCAACCUUGUCCUUGACACGGCCGUCUUUCUCGAAUACCUGCCUAGUCAGAGUCAAUGGAUGAUCACUGCUUUGGCUGCUUGGUGGGGAGUUGGACAGCUAGUUGCUGGCCUGUUCUCUUGGGCUUUCCUACCCAACUAUUCUUGCGCGACUGCUGCGACAUGUACUCGUGCUAACAACAUGGGCUGGCGCUAUGUCUGGUUUGCUGACGGCGCCCUCGUCUUGGUCAUGUCUCUUGCCCGCAUCUUCUUUUCUCCCAUGGAAAUCAUCGUCCACUGCCGCGGUCUCUUCGCAACCAAACGCAUGGGACUUUCCACAUCUCUGAUUUGGUUCUCCUGGCUUCUCAUCGGUCUUGCUUAUCCACUCUACAACGUCUUCCUGCCCACUUACUUGGCUACCCGCGGUGCAGAGUUUGGCGAACAAUCCCAAUCUGUCUACUGGCGCAAUUAUGCCAUUGCCAAUCUCUGCUCCAUCCCCUCUCCAAUAUUGGCAGGUUAUAUGUGCAGAAGUAAGUUCUUCUGGGGCAGGAGAGGAACUAUGAUUAUUGGUGCUCUGAUUACUAUGACUUUCUUCUUUGCAUACACUCAGGUCCGCAACAAUGCUCAGAACCUUGCUUUUACUUGUUGUAUCAGUUUUUGCUUGAACAUCUACUAUGCCACGCUUUAUGCAUACACUCCUGAAGUGCUGCCCUCCGCUCACCGAGGAACUGGAAACGGUAUUGCCAUAGCGUUGAACCGAGUCAUGGGUAUCAUCAGUGCAGUGGUUGCGACAUAUGCCAACACCAGCACUCCCGUUCCCAUCUACAUCUGUGCUGCGUUGUACAUCAUCAUGGCUUCAGUUGCCGCCUUAUUCCCCUUCGAACCCAUGGGCAAGAGAAGUUCUUGA